CGCUUGAAAAUCGGUCACGUGGCUAGACAAUACAUUCACGUGCCGCAUUCCUGUGACUAUCUGGUUACGCCGUACACAAAAUCUCGACAAUUGCUACGUCUUGAAGAAGAUUGUGGCUGUAUUGUUAACCUCAUCCAUCCGGAAGAUCCACGAGCAAUCUACUGUCCACCUGGCUACCGCACAAUUGAAGUGGUUUACGACGAGGAUCGCGGAAGACACGAUCUGUUUUUGCAUCGAUUAAACUACAUAAUCAAUCCACGUAGACAAUCUAUCCGAUUGGUAACCACUGUGGUACGCCAGAUUAAUGGUAAGGAGUUCACAAUGAAAGCAGAAGAUGCAAACGAAUUGCUUCGGUGUCAAGUUAGACCCAGAUAUCGUGAUAUUCGUGCAAUCAUUCUUUCUGCCGGAAAACAUACUACCGUCCCCAGAUGA